AUGUCUCCCGGAACCGGCGAUAAGAAACCCGAAAAGUCCUACUUGAGCUCUGCGGUCGACGUCAUCUAUCCGUGGUCGAGUAGUCGCACGGCGACGCCAACGCCGGAUAACAAAAAGGGCGGAGGGAAUACAGCCGCGACUGAUGGGACCACUACGCCCAAGGCAGCAGCCUCGGCCGAUCAUGCAAUAACGCCAUUUUAUGGACAGAGCUUCCGGACGUAUCCCAAGGAUUGCCCGCCGCUAAAUGUGCAAUGGUUUCAUGCGGCCGAUGUGCCGAAACGGAAACCGAAGCUGAUCAAGGGACCGAAAAAGGAGGAUAAGGAAGCGAAGCCGCCUGUUCGACCCAAGAAGUUUACCGCGUUCUCAGAGUCUGACUCGCGGAGGACGGAAGCACGCUACCAAAAGCUUUUGGAGGUGGCAGAGGAUAAACAUGGUGCUCUCAGAGACACUCAAAAUAGGCCUUCAAAACGACCCAAGUCCGAUGAAUCUGGCACCCUUGACGACUCAUAUCGGGGCCAUACCCGGGUUGCUGUCAACGAGGACUACCUAUUUGAUCUUGACAUUGAGGAGAGGGAACUUGCGCCGGUGUAUUGGUUAGGGCCAAUUUAUGAAGUACGACGUGGCACUUGGUUCUUUCAGGAGGGCUCGGGUCUGAGACCCUGCGAAGAGAACCUUGCAGCUCAGCUAGAAGAGGUAGGUCGAGCCCGAAGCAAGUCUGAAGUAAAGGACUAUACAGGUUCUGCCAAAGCGGAUAAACCUCACGCAGCGGCGGACCAGAAGGCCUCGACGGCUACAGCUAGCGUACAAAAGCCACCGGCGGGUACCACUCAGGCGCCGCAACCACAAUUACCGACAUAUCGUCUAUUUGGUGCUUAUAUGAACAAUGUCGCUACAUAUGAGGACGAAAAAACCGCUUGGAUGACUACUGAUGGCAUGCUCUCAUGGGUAGCUGCCUCGGUGUAUGAACGAUUCGCUGGUGGUGGGUACAUGAGCGGUGUCAAAUUGAUUAGAGGGUAUUCCGAGCCUAAAAGAACCAAGGAAAAGGAGGAGACGAAACCUGUGACAGAAAAUCCCGAUAUUCCGGGCCUAGACGAACGACAGCAGAAACUGCUGAAGAGAAGAUCAGCUCCUCCCACCACACGAGAUUCGUCGGAGGACUUGGGAUAUAGCCAAGUUGUAAAGAAGGAGACCCAGGAACGGGAGGCAGAGCUGCAGCGGCAAUUGUCUUCCCUCAUUGAGAGCGAAGGGCGUACUGCCGAAGAAACCGAGGAACAACUCAGAAAACGCGACGAGCAGGAAAUAGAAGACGACUACAAUGCACAGGAUGGAGAGUCUCAGGGCCGUGAAAUUGAGCAUUUAGUUCUUGUAACUCAUGGAAUCGGACAAAGACUAGGUUUGCGCAUGGAAAGCUUAAACUUUGUUCACGACGUAAACGUCUUGCGCAAGACUAUCAAGUCUGUCUACAGCAACUCGGCAGACUUGAAGGCACUCAACUCUGAGCUUGGUACUGGGCCCGGGAACUGCAGAGUGCAAGUUCUUCCAGUUUGCUGGAGACACUUGAUUGAAUUUCCCAGGCAACAGCAGAAAAGAGCCGAGCAUGAUCUAGGCGAUGCUACGGAUGAGGAUGAUAGCUGUGAGACUUCCGAUUACCCUUCACUCGAAGAUAUAACUGUGGAAGGAGUUGCCUUUGCCAGAUCCCUAAUUUCGGACCUCGCGCUCGACGUUUUACUCUAUCAAAGCUCAUACAGAGAAGAGAUUUCCAGGGUUGUUGUGGCAGAGACUAAUCGUAUUCUGAACCUCUUCCGAGAGAGAAACCCAGAGUUUAAAGGAAAAGUGCACCUCAUGGGCCACUCGUUAGGAUCUGCCAUCUUCUUUGACGUUCUCUGCCGUCAGAGGGAGAGGCAUCCUGACGAAACUCGACACCCGCUUCGAUUCUGGCCCUCGCACAACCGACCCGAAAUCAGGCCAAAGGACCAAGAGCUGGAGUUCAAUUUCGACACGUCUGAUUUCUUUUGCCUCGGGUCUCCUGUUGGCUUAUUUCAAAUGCUCAAGGGAAGGACUAUUGGUGGCCGUCAUUCGCCACACAGCUUGCCCUCAGAAAGCCCGCUGAAUCCCGAAUACACUGGUGAUCCGUUCUUGACAGCCCCUGCUGGUACAGGCAUGGAUGGCAUUUCUCCAAUCAGUGGUCUGCCCAUGUCGGUGUCGUCGCCCAAAGCCGAGCAGCUCUUCAACAUCUUCCAUCCAUCUGAUCCCAUUAGCUACAGACUGGAGCCGCUGAUUUCCCCUGCCAUGGCGUCACUGAAACCACAAGCGCUUCCGUACACCAAGAAGGGAAUUUUUGGCAAUGUCGCGCCACAAGGAUUAACAGGCAUCGGGGCCAAAGUCGGCCAGAGUGUCAGCGACCUGUGGUCGAGUUUAAGCGCCGGCAUUGCCAGCAACAUACUCAACCGCAGUCUUGGCAUCACCAACGAGGAGGUUGCGCGUUUUGCUGCGGAGGAUCACCACGGGGACCAGAAGGGUGAGGCGACUGGCAGUCAAGAGGCGGCGGAACUGUCGGAUGAAAGAAAGAGGCAGCUGGCAGAAGCGGCGGCUAGAGGACGUCGUGUGAGCGACAACGGUAACUCGGUGACGCUCAUUGACGAUGAGCUGGAGACGCUGUAUUCGACGUUCCAGAAACGGCACGACACGGUGCACCCGAACGAGGAGAUGGUCCAUGUCAACGAUGAGUCGCGCAAAGCUCGGAAGCUGCGGGUAGAGGAGGCCAAGGUGCGGGCGCUGAACAGAAACGGCCGUGUUGACUACAGCAUUCAGGAGUAG